UCAGCAAUUCCCGGGCUCUCACCUGAAUUGUCUCCAGAAACACUAUUUCUCAGCACGCCUGCCCUUAGUACCAAUCCCUUGGCCACAGCCACGCCGGCCAGCAUCCAGCCAUGCCUGGCGUGUAUGCUCCAGUCGUACAUGUCCAGCGAGAUGGUACACGGCCGCCUCCAGCACGCUUCGUUUGUAUUCAAUCAAGACAUCGAAGACACAUUCAUGUCGAUAGUCCGCGACGAGGCGGCUCAGGGAUCAGUUGAUUACGAAGAUGCGCUCAGCGGCGUGGUCAAUGCCUUCCAGGAGGGCAUUGAGCGGCGGCGCAAUGACAGGCAAGGGGCAAAACGCGCCCGCGAGCUGCUCAACACGCUGUUUGGCUCGGGCACUGACCGCGGGAUAUUGGGAAAAACAUUCGACAAUAUGCGCGAAUUAGUGAAGGUUAUCAUGGUCGGUCUAGCUGACAGUCAGUCAAGGGCGGCAGAAGAGUCUUCCAAAAGCGCCACACCGGCUCCGGCCCCGCCCCCUCCAAAGGAAGACCAAGACCCACCGCCAGGACCAAAGAAAUCAAAGAAGCCGCCUCCACCCAAGAGUGACGACGACGACGAUGGUGAUACGGGCGAUGACGAUGAUGACCGGGACGGCGAAAAUGCGAAGAAACAAAAGAAAGCUUCUUCGCCAAGGCCAGCCACUGCACCCAAUCAUGCCAGCGGGAACAAAGGCGGUGGCAACACCGGCAGCAAGAAUCCACCAAACAACCAGUGGAGCCAAGGAAACCCGAGCCCGAACAAAGGGAAUCCGGGCAGCGGCAAUGGGCCAAAGGGGAGCCAGAACGGCAAUGGUAGCCGAGGCAACAAAGACGACGAGUUCGACGACUUUGACGACUUUGACGACGACGGCAGCGACAAGGGCGGCAGACACGGCAGCGAGGAAUGGCACAACGCGUAAAUGCCCAGCUUCAGAUUCUGGAUAUAGUGGCUACUUCUUUUUUGCUAUUGUUAAAGACAAG